GUGGUAGCGGUGGUAGCCCGCCGUGUCAUGGAGGAUCUCCUGCUGCAGAUCGUCAGGGAGUCGAAUAAUGCGAGGUUACAAAAUUUACGCAAAUCAGCGCAGGAAGCGCACGAUUUUUUGGAGAAGCAGCAAGGCUUGCUACGAGAUCCACCUCACGAACUCCGCGCAAAAUGCUUACAUACGUUUCAGCUAGCACUGGAGAGCAACAGGAGCAAAUUUAUUGCCUUCGGUCUUGCGGGAUUACACGUAAGCGAUAUAACAGAAAAUUCUUCCUUGUAA